AUGGUGCUGGGCACCCUGCUCUGGGUGGCCCUGCUGGAGGAAGGGUUGGACCAGAGGGACCCAGAGGUACCUCCAGCCUCAGCUAUUCUUUGGAGUGGCACGCAGGGUGCCCUGACUGAGGUGGCUGCUCCAUGGGAGGGCGCAGGGUUUCUCGCCUCCAUGUGUCCUCACUCACACUCAGAAAGAGUCAAGCCCCUUGUUUUACUACACCUGAUGCAAUUGCGCUGUGCGGCGGCACAGAUAACGGCGGGGCUGAAGUCCAGAGUGCAGCAGGUCCUGAGGAACAGAUUCCAGCCUGGGGCUCACAGCGUGGCCUCCCCCGGCCCCUGCCUCGCCUGCCUCCCUUCUGCCCUCGUCGCAUCCCAGGCUGAGAUGUCUGGGCUCGCACUCCUUGCAACCCUGCUGCUGCUGGCUGGGACCAUCCUCUCCAGCAGGGCCACUGUUGUCAACAGCUGCAGCAGCACGGCCGAGCACCUCUGCAACUUCGUGUGCUAUUGCAGUGAUUGCUCCGAUGAGAACCAGUGCGGGUACCUGGGGGUCUCAGCUGUGCUGGGCACCCCCUUCACCUGUGAUUUCGAGGAAGGUGACUGUGGCUGGCAGGACGUGAGCACCACAGCUUACAGAUGGGUGCGGGGCCGGGCCAGCCUGGACAAAUGGGGCACAGGGCUCCACUCUGACCACACCGUGGGCACAGACAGGGGGUGGUUCAUGGUGACAGUGUCCCCACCAGCAAAGGCCACAGCUACCGCCUGGCUCAGGUCACCCGUGAUGCAGGAUGUGGCUGCCACGUGCGAGAUCUGGGCCUCGUACCACCUCUCUGGAAGCGGGCUCAACCAGACAGCGUGGCCGACGCUGCGCCUGGCCAUGGCACUCAGGGACAAGGUGGUGGAGCUGUGGCAGAGCCCCCAGCAUGGAGCCGAGGGCUGGCACCAGCUGGUGGCGUACACGGGCCGGAUCACGGGGCAGUUCCAGCUCACCUUCGCCCUGACGCAGCCACCCGGGCGUGGGGCAGUGCUGGCACUCGAUGACAUCGUCUUCAGGAACUGUGGCUUGCAGACACCUGGGCAGCAGGCCUGCGGGGCGGAGGAGAGAUGCAGCCAGGGCUCCUGCCUGGCACCAAACCGCUUCUGCGAUGGCACCGACGACUGCGGGGACGGCUCGGACGAGGCUGCGCAGCGUUGCCAGAGCUUCAAGACCUGCUACUUUGAGACUGGUUUCUGCAAGUGGGUGGAGGCUGGGCAGCCGACAUGGGAGAGGAACACAAGCAUGAACUUGGGUGCCACAUACGGCAUCCCCACCCGGGACCACAGCACAAAUAGCGCAGCGGGUACGUGCUGGGUAGUGGGAUCUCCUGUGAGCCCCUUCACAGCCCUCGGGAUGGCACACUGGGGAAUCCAGCCACCUGCCACCCUUGGCGUCACUGGCCCCAGCACGGAAGUGCCCUCUGGCCCCUGCGAUAACAGCAUGCCUAGCUCUCAGAGCUUGCUCACCACCACUCCCCGGCUCCAGCUCGUGCUGUACUGCCACCUCCAUGGCUCGGCCACCAGCAGUCUCAGCAUCUCCUACAUGAUCAACUCCACUGAGCAACUGGUGAGAGAGAGGACAGGGGACACGGGCAGCUGCUGGGUCCGGGAGAGAGUGGACUUCAAUGUGACAGAGAGCUUCAAGGUGCUGAUCAAGGGGGUGGCCAGAAGUGGAGGGACCGUGGCCAUCGACGACCUGUACCUGUCUCCAGGCUGUAAUCCACAUCCGGUGCUGCACUCCAGCCUGGGGCUUUCACCAUCAGAUCCAUCUCUGACGGCGCUGCCAGGCCAGGACCAUGCCGGCACCUGCAGGGCCAGGGAGUUCACCUGCAAUGAUGGGAGCUGCAUCAGCAGCGAGCUGGCCUGUGACUUUGCCAAGACGUGCACUGAUGGCUCCGAUGAGAAACUCUGCGGAGCCACCACCUUCGAGGAGGGGGAUGGGGGUUGGCAUGAUGUCAGCGUGGGCCGGCUGCGCUGGGCCAUACAGAGGGCCACCGAGCCCAGAGCCAUUGCCCUCGUGGGAGCAGGGGCUUUCCUGGCCCUCCAGGAAGGAGAAGGACAAAUGGUGGCUCCCGCAAAGGCACGCACGCCUCUGCUGGGCCCUUCUGGCCCGGCCUGCAGCAUGGAGAUGAGCUACCACAUCCAGAGCGGCCCCCAAGGCUUCCUCGCUGUCAGCGUCGUGGACCACACCACAGGCAUGACCCACCUGGCCUGGCACGUGCGGGGGCACGGCAGCAUGGCCUGGGGACGUGUCCGCGUCCUGCUGGGAGAGAGGGCCCGGCCCUUCCAGGUCGAGCUGCUGGGGCUGGUGGAUCUGCAGGAACCUGCAGACGCCGCCAUCGACAACGUGACAUUUGUGCAGUGUGACCCCGAUGUGUUGCCCCCAGGGGCCACGGAGCUGUCCUGCAACUUCGAGACGGGCCUGUGCGGCUGGUACCAGGAUCAGGCCAGCGACUUCCAGUGGGUCCACAGCACGGGGCAGGGGCAGGGCUCUGACCACACCACUGGCUCGGGCUAUUUUCUGGCCGCGAACCCCUCGGCACCAUGGAGCCGUGGUCAGCGUGCGCAGCUCAUCACCUAUGGCCAGGAGCCUGCCGCCACCCCACGCUGUCUCACCUUCUGGUACCGCCUGGCCGGCCCGCAGAUCGGCACCCUGAACCUCAAGCUGCAGCUGGAGGGAGCAGAGGAGACGGUGCUGUGGACCCGGCGGGGGACCCAUGGCAGCCUCUGGCACCGGGGGCUGGCAACACUCCCUGCCACAGGACAGCAGCGCUACCGGCUGGCCUUUGAGGCCCUGCGGGACGGCUUUGUGGGUGAUGUGGCGCUGGAUGACCUGUUGGUGACGGAGGGCACCUGUGGGGCCGAGCUCUCCUGCUCCUUUGAGGCAGACACCUGUGGGCUGACGGGCAGCAAACAGCCGACAUGGCUGCGGCAGAGCAACAGCACCGGCACCAUCGCUGGCCCCCCAGCUGACCACACCACCGGCACUGCUGCAGGGCAUUACAUGGUGGUGAGCACCAGCAAGGGCUCCCUGCCCAUGGGGCACAAGGCCACCCUCACCUCUGCACUGUACCAGCCCUCUGCACCCGCCCAGUGCCUGGCCUUCUGGUACCAGCUGAGCACCGGAGACCCAGGUUCUCUCAGCAUUCUUGUGGAGGAGAGCGGGGUGCUGAGGAAGCUGUUCAGCAUGAGCACAAUGGAAGGGGACACCUGGCACCGCAGCCACGCCACUGUCCAGGCAGAUGGGGACUGGAAGGCAAUAUUUGAAGUGGUAGGAGCCGGGGGUGACCAUGGGUACAUCGCGCUGGAUGACCUGCAUGUGUCGGAUGGAGCCUGCCCUGAGCCAGUAUCCUGUGACUUCGAGCUGGACAUGUGUGGCUGGAGCAGCCCUGCGGAUGAGCGCCUGCACGGCUUCGCCUGGGGCUGGAAAAGUGGGGUCCCCCUGGCCAAAUACCCCGGCCCCGAGCAGGAUCACACCCUGGGCACAAAAGAUGGUCACUACAUGCACUUUGACACCCGCGUGCUGGGUGCUGGGGGCACCACUGCCCAGCUGGAGAGCCAGCACCUGCCCGCCACUGCCGAUUCCUGCCUGCGCUUCUGGUACCACAUGGACAUCCCGGAGCACCUCUCUGACGGGGAGCUGCAGGUGAGGCUGCGGAGUGCAUCAGGGCAGCGCACAGCCUGGAGCGUGGCAGGACACCCAAGCCGGGGCUGGCGGAGCGGCACAGUGCCCGUGCAGAGCCCCAGUGAGUUCCAGAUUAUCUUUGAGAUCACCACGCGGAUGUGGCCAAUGGAGGGGACCGUGGCGCUAGAUGACAUUGAGUACAGUACCGCUGGAGGCUGUGAUUCCAGCCCGGAGACACAGGGGAAAGAGAAGUCUUCCCGUGGCUUUGUGGCAGAAGUGGUGCUCAGCCUUCUGCUGGCCAUCAUCACCCUGGUACUGGCAGUGGCCGGCGGCUGGUACUGGCUGAAGAGGAGAGGGCAGGGGAGCAGGAUGGCAGCAGAGAGCAGCACUCCCCAGGGCUUCGACAACAUCACUUUUCGAGAUGACAAGGUCGUUAUAUCGCCAGUGCAAAAAGAGGGGGAUGAAGACUGAAUUAAUAAGCCAACAACACUCUUUGCCUCCUCAUGCCUGCGAGGCACACGUGGGGCAGAGCAUCCUUCCAGGAAAACCCCCCGCUCCGUCCAGCUCGCAGCCUCACCCAGCCCCAGGCACCCUCGCUGUCCAACAUCCCGCACUGCGGAGCUGCAGCGGGCACCAGCCCCAGGGGCACAGCUCGGAUGCUUCCUCCACUACCUCCAAU